AUGUUUCAGAGAAAUGGAUUUCCAGUGAUUUCCUAUUCUCCAACGGAUAUAACGAUCCCACAAUCUAUUUAUGACAAGAUCCCCAAUCUUGAAGAGUACAAGAAGCUCAAGGAGGCAGAGAAGAAAAUCGAUCUUUUGAUAUCUAGAAAAGCGUUGGAUUUCCAAGCCAUUCAGCAAAAGACAAUCCACCCUUUUGAGAUUAAACCAAGUACGGGAUUGUUAAGAGUGUUUGUAUAUAACACAUGCGAGAACCAACCUUGGCAGAAACAGUUAUUGCAGCAGCAGGGAAAACCAUUACCGGACCCAACGACCGAAUCCACAUGGACAUUGAGAGUUGAAGGUAAAUUUAUUAACGACAACAAAGCCGAUAUUGCUGAUUUUAAUGAUUUGAAAUUUAGCUCGUUUUUAUCAGCAAUUUCCAUAGACUUGCUUCCAAAUGAGCAUUAUCCAAACUUGCAAGAAUCUCAGACAAACAUCAUCGAAUGGAGAGAUGACGAUCUAAACAAUGUGAAUAGAAACCCCACCGGCAGUAAUUCCAGUUUCGAUGGAAUGGAUGUAAAGAGAAGUGGUAUUUUCAACAUAAAAGUGAAGAUUGCGCUACUAGUCAAGAGCUAUACAUCAAAAAUAAGAGUCUCGGAUGAGAUGUCACAAUUUAUUGGCAAACUUGAAUGUACUCAGCAAGAAGUGAUGUACACAAUUUGGAAUUAUGUUUUGUGGCAUAAACUUUUCAAAGAUACCGAUCAAUAUGCGCCUGCUGCGACAGUUGACAAUGGCGCCGAUUUAUCAAACACAAUGAGCGAUAAGAGUGCCAACACCAACGACGACCCCACACUUGCACAAGCGGACAACACAUUGUUCAACCUUUUAAAAGUUCGCGAAUUUACAUUUAAGGAUUUGUAUAGAUUAAUUCAACCACAUUUCAGGCCAAGAGAACCAAUAAUGUUAGAUUAUGAGGUGGAUACAAGAAAGUCUACCACUUUAGGCGAUUUAGUUUUGGAUAUCCCUAUCGAAUUGCCAGUUAAUCUUUCAAAAGCUCAAAAGGAAUUGUUAGACUUGAAUAAGAGUGCAUUUGAAAAUUUGUCACAACAUGACUCUGCUAUCGAAAAAUUGAAUCAAAAGAUAUCAUUAGCUAUAAUUGCUUUGAGAAAUGCAAACUCACGAGAAAUAUUCUACGAUGAGUUGAGUAAAGAUCCAGUAGGAUUUAUAGAAAAAUGGGUGGAAAGUCAAUCGGAAACAUUGAAGGCUUUGAAAAGUGAUGAAGGUUACGACGAGGAAACGGUAAGAAGAGCUCAAUAUUUCAUUGAUAAUGAAGAUUUGAUCAAGGAGAAAAUUGACCUUUUAUUUGGAUCGAGUAAGUUUUGA